CAUCCGCCAUUUUUAACUGCCUUGUCAUUGGCAGUGGAGAAUUUUUCAGAGUCUAAACUCGAGUGCUUGUGGUUAAAAUUUACCCCAAAAAAAAUAGUUAAAAAUCCUUUAAAAUUUCGAUAGUGAGAGACCAGAGAUACUAAUUACUCCAAGGGGACAGGAUCAUUAGUCUGCUUGUCCUAUCGAGAGAUCGAGUAAUUGGGAUAAUUCGACGGAAUAAUCCGGUAGUAAAUAAUUAUCAUGUCGGGUGGAGCGUUGUUCAGUAAUAAUGCGGUUCGAGGUAGCAGCAAGAAUCUAGUCGAAUUCAAAGCCGGCAAGAUGACUGUGAAGGGAAAAAUGGUACAUCCUGAUACCAGGAAGGGAUUGCUCUACGUAUAUCAAUCCGAUGAUUCCCUCAUGCACUUUUGCUGGAAGGAUCGCACCUCCGGAGCUAUUGAAGACGACUUGAUCAUCUUCCCGGAUGAUUGUGAGUUCAAACAUGUGUCUCAGUGCAAGACUGGACGUGUGUAUCUGCUGAAAUUCAAAUUGUCGAGCAAAAAGUUCUUCUUCUGGUUGCAGGACCUGAAAACUGAAAAGGAUGAAGAGCACUGCAGGAAAAUUAACGAGGUCCUGAACAAUCCCCCGACCCCGGGCUCUCAACGAAGUGGAGGAGCUAAUCCCGAGGGUGAUCUUCAGAAUCUCCUGAAUAACAUGUCCCAGCAGCAAUUGAUACAGCUUUUCGGUGGUGUUGGCCAGAUUGGCCUGGGCAAUCUCCUGGGUACCAUGAGAGAGCGCCCCAGCAUCACGAGAACAACAACAACAACAGGUUCAACACCCGUGACGACAACUGCUACGAGACCACCAGCGGCUCAAACCCCAGCACCAGCUAGUGUCACGGAAACACCCAGGACAUCCUCCUCCUUCUUCUCCUCAUCCACCUCCUCAGGUGGAAAAUCUAGAAGUAGAUCGGCCGCUUUGGGACGAAAACUUGCUACUGCAAUUCUUCAACAUACUCCAGAAGCACCUAUACCCCAGGGUCUGCUUGACUUCCAGAGACAUCUCUGGAAUACCAGCCCAGGAGUAGCUGACAGUUUCCCAGAGGUUAAGAGAACCAUGGCAACUGAGCUGACAAAUAGCAUCCCAGGAGCGAUAACGGUAACGGAAAGCCUGGAACGGACAAUGAGCAAGCACUUGCCACCCGGUGACAGUCUGUGUACCACGCUAUCAUCCCCACAGUUCUCCCAGGCGUUAUCAAUGUUCUGGUCUGCUUUGCAGUCGGGCCAAGCUCGCUCGGUUGUCAGACAAUUUGGUCUUGGUACUGAUGCUGUCAAUGCAGCUGGCAGGGGAAAUCUGCAGGAGUUCUUCAGUGCUCUCGAUGAUGAGAUCAAAGCGAGGACAUCGGGACAGACGCCUGAAGGUGAGGAGAAGAAACCAGAGGCAACGGAUGAUGAGCAAUCCACCACUGAGAAAAAGGAUGAUGGAGAGGAUCCCAUGGCACUCGAUUGAAUACAUCUUGUCAGCAUUUUCAUUCUUUUUUUCACGGAGGAGUUUUCACUUUUUUUUUCAAGCUUUAGUUAUUGUUCGAUUAUGGCUUUACAUCGGAUGAAUUAAUAAAAUGACAUUUAAAACAU